CAAUGCGGGGGCUUUGUGUGCGGCUGUGAGGGAGGAAAAGCGUGCUGCUGCCCCGCGGUGUGACAGGGCCAGUGACAGACGGCGCCCAGACAGCCGCCCUGACGGCACGGAGCUGCUCUGCGUCCAAACGGCCUCCGGAUAAAAGGAAUACGCGAGCUUCUUGGAGAGCGACGCGGGGAAAGCAUUAAUGAGAAGACUCUUGGGAUUGCUCUCCGGGAGUUAAACGUGGAUGUAGCUGCGGAUGGGGCUGCUGUUUUCCGCUUGGAGUCUUCAGUUUUCCCCUCACGUGGAAUAGUUUAUUUUAAUUAUUUUAAUUUCCAUAAUCCAUAGGAGCAUCCUUUCGCUCUCCAUGGUGCUUGAAGGGUAAGCAGCAGAUCCCAGGUGUGACCGCAGCGUCUGAAGCAGAGCGAUGGACCGGAUCGGGACCACCAUGCAGAAGAAGGCAGCAGAACUGGAGCGGCUGGCUGAGGUUCUUGUCACUGGAGAACAGCUGAGGCUGCGGCUCCAUGAGGCGAAGGUGAUCAAGGACCGGAGGCACCACCUCCGAACCUACCCAAACUGCUUUGUCGCCAAGGAGCUCAUUGAUUGGCUAAUCGAACAUAAAGAAGCCUCAGACCGGGAAACCGCCAUUAAGAUCAUGCAGAAGCUUUUGGACCAGAGUAUCAUUCACCACGUGUGUGAUGAGCACCGGGAGUUCAAAGACAUGAAGCUCUUGUACCGCUUCAGAAAAGACGACGGCACAUUCCCAUUGGACUGUGAAGCCAAGGUCUUCAUGAGGGGACAGAGGAUUUAUGAAAAGCUGAUGAACACAGAAAACAACCUGAUACAGACCAGAGAAGAGGAGGGGGUGUCGUUUGAACGAGCCCUGGUCGCCUCAGAGUUCAUCGACUGGCUGCUGCAGGAGGGGGAGAUGCCCACCAGGGAGGAGAACGAGCAGCUGGGGCGGAGGCUGCUGGAACAUGGCAUCAUUCAGCAUGUCACCAACAAGCACCACUUUGUCGACGGGCCUCUCCUCUACCAGUUCCGAAUGAACUUCCGGCGACGGCGGCGGUUGAUGGAGCUGCUCCACGAGCGCGGCCGCGGCAUCCCCGAGAGCCACGACAGCCCCUUCUGUCUCCGCAAGCAGCAGUCAGACGGAGGCAACACCUGCUUCCUCUCAGUGAGCCCCACUAAGGAGAUCAAGUUGGCCGUCGGAGUUCGACGAAGCAGCAUGAGCAGCAGCUGUGGCAGCAGCGGUUACUACAGCAGCAGUCCGACGCUCAGCAGCAGCCCGCCUGUCCUCUGCAACCCCAAAUCUGUUGUGAAAAGGCAGGUGACUCCAGAGGAGCUGCUGACACCAGGAGGGCCUUUUAUAAAGAAGACAUUCACUGUUGUGGGUGAUGCUGUUGGCUGGGGUUUUGUGGUGCGAGGAAACAAACCCUGUCACAUCCAGGCGGUGGAUCCUGGUGGACCCGCUGCUGCGGUUGGCAUCAAGGUGUGUCAGUAUGUGGUGUCUGUGAACGGCCUGAACGUCCUCUGCUACGACUACCGGACCGUCAGCAACCUGAUCCUGACCGGGCCCCGGACCAUCGUCAUUGAGGUGAUGGAGGAGGCGCUGGUCUGACGAGGGCUACCACAGCAAAAUCUGAAACUGAGAGGGGAGAAUAAGACAAGGACGUCGAACUCCUUCAGCCGACAAACACGGAUGACUUUCAGCGCGGCUCCGAUUCUGUCAUGGUGGAUGAUUGAGACGCCCGAUUUUGGUAAACGGCUCAUCCUGCUAGCAGUUGCCCUUUUGUUUAUAUUUCUCUUCAGAAGGGAAAAUGAAAAAGCCACAUUAACCACACUUUAAGGAUUGUUCCAGUUAUGAGGUGUGGAGGAAAAAGCAAAAAUUAACAAACUGUAUUCCAGGUUUUUGCUCAGGCUGAAUCUGUUUACUAAUUACAAGAGUUUGAAAUGGAUGUUACAGGUUUUGAUGCAAAGCCUUUUAUCAGAAUGUGCAGAUGAACAAUCGCGAGGGAGACGAGGUAGACGUUUCAAUGGGAUUGUAUUUUUAAAGACUGUAUUUCAUGACCUUUGCCCCCGUAGGACUUUAACUAAAGGCUCCUGCUGUUCAACACUGCCCUCUACUGAAAAUAACAGGCAGAUGCACAUGUUACGUGCCAUGUUUUUUUUUUUUUUUUGCCUUCAGUUUUAUCUUUACUCAGAUUUUUGAUUUGUUUGUUUAAAAAAAAAAGAUGAUUUUAAAUGCGACCCGUUUUAAAUGCAACACGUGUUAAAUGUGAGGUGUUGCUGAGUGGAAACCUUAAAAAGAGGCUGAAGUCUUGUAAAGGCUGUCUUACAUUUAGCUGUUUGUUAAAGAUACACCGGCAAGUCGUGUUCUCGAGGGCAGUAUGCUCAUGAAACAAACCGUGUUGUUUUGCAGUUCAGUCAAAUAAUUUGAUAGCUUUAACACUACACACUGAGUUAUGGACCUGAAUCUGAUUUACAAUGCUGGUUGAUGUAAAUAACACUGCUGCAGCACCAUGUGUCAAGGUUAAACCAUUUAUGUCAGAAAUGAAUGACCUCUAAUAAUGUGUCCAGGUUUCUAUAUUUGUUUAUUGAGGGUUUCUUAUAGCUUAUCGACACAGAAUGUCAUAAUUUGUGAGAAUCUAGUGGAAAAAAUAUCAAAAUGCAAAGUGCUGCUUCCAUUACUCAAAGAAACAAAUAAACACUCUGGAUUUGUUUGUAUACUACACCAAAAAGUCUAAUUUGCCUGAAUAAUUAUGCUAAGCAGUCAAUGUUGAUUCUUUUUACAAGGGACUAAAAGAUGCUCCUUUGAACUUUUAUUACUGAUAAAGCUAAACAUGAUUUGAUCAAGGAAAGAAUAAAAACAGUGACACUGGGGAAGAACAUUAGGGGAGGGUGGUGGUAGUAGUUACUUCAAAAGUAUUCAUACUCUUUGAACGCCCAUGUCACCACUACCUUAUGUGUUUUAUUUGGAUUUUAUGUGAUAGACCAACGCACUAAUGCACAAUUGUAAAGUGAAAGGAAUAGGAUAUGGGUUUAAAUUUUUUUUUUUUACACAAAAAAAAUCUGAAAAGUCUGUUUGAACCCCUCCCAAGUCAAAACUUUGCUACAGUGACAGCUACAAGUCUUUUUACGUUUCUACCAGCGUUGCUGAUCUGGGGAUGGAUUUUGUUUUUGCCCAUUUUCUAAGUAGCUCGAUCUCAGGUGGAUUGGCUGAACAACAAUUUUCAAGUUUUGCCACUGAUUCUCAACUGGAUUAGAAUCACUUUUACUUUGGGUCAUUCUAACCAAUAAAUAUGCCUAAAAGCUAGGGUCCAAGUCCUUUCUUGAAUAAUUGCGUGUGCAACACCAUUUUACCUGCUAACUUCCACUCCUCAAGGGAUCACAUGAAAAAAAAUCUCCCAAAUUUAUUCUGGUCUUAUUUCGUUCUACUGAGGUCUACUGCUUACUGUCCUGCGUCGUUGGAGGCUAUUCACACCAAGCAAUAGCCUCUAAUGACCCAGGACAGUGAUGGGUGGGUCAUUGAUUUGCAUCUGACUGAGAAUGUGCCUAGGAGGAAUGGGCCUCUAUAGUCCCGUUUACACUACUCUUUUUUUUUUUUUUUUUUUUUUUUAAUUAUGCCGAGAAUGGUCCGAACUCAGUAACUGAGAUAACUAUCGAGUGUAAAUGGAUCGCAAACUGAACUGAACCGAGCCUGACACAACCGAUCUGCGCUAAAUCUAGACCAGUUCGAUGGGUCUUGGCACGGGUUUUCAGUGGCUCGGUUCUCUAACAAAGAGCGCAUGAGCAGACCGGGUCAUCUCCUUACAGCUGACUAAUUUUGCGGUUUCAGACAUUCCUAAAAAUACUAGCUUCCCUACCGUGCCACACGGUUUUCAGUGAUGAUUCUGCUUAGCAGUGUGAUGAACCUUAACGUCUGUCGUUGUUUCCUGUGCCUGUAAGCUCUGAUUAGACUAUCGUUUGUCUUAUCCGCUUCCCAAAAGCUGACUCUCUCUAGUAAAUUCACCAAAGGUUGUCUUCCUUGCCAGACUCUCUGCAAACAACAAAACAUCACAAUUGUAACCAAGCAUAACUUCCUGAAUGUUACGGGCGCUGCCAUUUUGAUUUGCUUGAGUCCCUCCUUCAAUCCAAAUAUUCAUAUAUGUGGCUUGUGCCAAACUUAAAUUGGACUUGACACCUAAGCUCCUCCAGGGCUACCAUAAACCUGUCUGAUUUAUGGGAAUCUUAAUAAAGAUGCAUGCUGCACUUUUUAGAUUUUUUUUUUGUGUGGUCUGUCACAUAAAAUCCCAAGAAAACAGAGGUUUCGCAUUGUGACGUGACAAACUGGGAAAAGGUUCACGUUUGCAUGGUACUCGUACAUUGGCAGUAUUAAAUAAUGACCUCACUCAAUGUCUUAUUACGCACAACCACAAAUGUUCUCAGUGAUGGGUGUAAUGUCAUUUUGGAUUACUUCACACCUGAUGGGACUUAAUCUUUCCUAAAUAGUUCCCGUUCCACCUUAACUUGUUGUUUUCUCAUUCAGUUCAUUGCAAUCUACUUGAAAGGACCUUAACAGGGAAGCAGCAGGAGUUCAGCUUCUAACGCAUCAACACUUUACUGGAUGUUUUCAGACCUUGCCAAAUGACCGUGUUUAGACAUGCUGCCGUCAAUACAUGAUGUCUGUAAUAUUUACCGAUUUAGAAAAGUGUAGCUAAGUUUUUCUCCCUGCUCAUGCAGAGGGUGGUAAUCUUUAGUAACGUGUUUGUGUGUUUGGUUCAGCUAAUACCACACUGCCAGUGUCCAUAGAUAGAUACUUAGUUUAGACCUUAAAAACAUUACUGCAAAACAAAUUCAGAUAGCUCUGCUUUUUAGGCCUCUAGCAUCACAAAGCUGUGCAAUUACUGUGUGAACUGCCCUCAAAUGUGUUUGUUCAGUUGUUUGCUGUUUAGAUGUGUUUGGCAGAAUGCUAUAAAUAUGUUCAUAUGUAGCUCUUCUUUAGUCACAGAAAUGAUUGAUCUGCCAUCUUUGUCUGUUGUAGAGAUAACAUUGGCUGGUGUCAUUUAACAUCUACAGUAAGCAAUGAUUUGAUUUAAGUUUUUUGUUUUUAAUUUGCUGUUUUAAUCUAAAGUAAUCUGGUGAAAGGCAUUUGAAAAUAAUGGCAAUGUUGGGCCAGGUUCGUCUGAUCACGGUUUGUUUGUCAAGGGGAGAAAAGGUGAUGUAAACCAUUGCUGGAUUUUCAGGAAACAGAAAUAUGCAGAGCUUUAACUUGUUAUAAUGGUUUUAGGGGGGUUUAUGGUGCUUGGCUGAUUUAAAUGAGGUUCUCUGACUGUUUUAGAUAGAAAUGUUUGCCUUAAUACCUUUUAUUUAGCUGCUAAUUAUGGUUGGUUAUCAUCUGAUUUCCCAACUUAUUGCAUUAAAACUUCCACUGACAAUCAGUGUCCUUUUUCACUCAGCAGUUAUGCAAUAUGGAACCAAAAAAAAUACCCUUUUCAUGUGAAGAUGCCAUUGCUCCUCCGCCACAGUUUGUCAAAUUAAAACUACAAACUUUGGUGUAUUUCAGGGGGAUUUUAUGUGAGACCAACAAAGUAAUGCAUCGUUGUGAAGUGAAAGAAAAAUGGAACAUGUUUUUUUCUUCUUUUUUUUUUUCUUUUUACAAAUAAAAAUCUAAAACUGUGCACAUUUGUAUUCCCCCACCGAGUCAAAACUGUAGACUCACCUUAUGCUACAUCUAAAGCUGCAUGCCAAUAGGAGUUUGUCUCUACCAGCUUUGCACAUUUAGAGAUAUAUAUUUCUGCUCAUUCUCCUUCGAAAACAACUCUGGCUUAAUUGUUUUGGAUGUAAAGUAUCUGCAAAGACCAUUCUCCAUGUCUUGCCCCAGAUUCUUAAUUCACUCUAGUGACGAGAUUACCAGCAGGCUGCGUGUUUCGACCCACCGAGCAAGAAACGCACACAUCAAGGGCCGCACCUGUCCUGACCCAAACCUGCUGGGUGAAAAUGUAGUUAUCCUGCCUUUUUAUAAAAUCAGUGUGACAAAAAGGACUUUCUGUAUUCUACAUUGUGCGGUCAAUUUUAGUUGUCCAUGUGAAUUUUUACUCACUGAGACUCUUCACCACUUGUGCUUGUUUUUCUCUGCUACCAGAAGAUAAAAAUUUAAAGACAAUAUAAGCAUAUUGCACCAGCUUGUUUCAUUACAAGGUUUUAAUGUUGAAAAAGGCAAAGUGUUUAAUAAAACAAACUUAAUUUGGUUCUGAAA